AUGACUAAGCCUUUCAAAUGGAAUAUCUACGAUAAAAUAAGGUUUAAUAGAAUAUUACUUAAAUAUAUCAAUAAGGAUGGUAUAAAAAAACAUGCUAAUGAUAUAUUACAUGAUAUGAAUGAUAAAAACACGUUGAAUAGGAUAUUAUUUAUUAGUAAAGUACUCGAUGUAAAUAAUUGUGAGACUGUAGAAUACACAAAAGAAAAUAUAGUAGAAUAUCUAAAGGAAAUUUUUGAUAAUAAUAGUAAAGAUGUUUUGACUUUAGAAGACUUCAAUUAUAGAAUUGAUGUAAAAGAACAAAGUAAAGAUGAGGUUAUUGACACUAUUCCUGCUACCGAUAGAUAUGAAGAUAAAGAACAGAUAUUAGAAACUUUAGUUCCUAAUACAUGUAAGGGAAAUGAAUUUGAUUCCAGCGAAGGAAAAAACAUUACCAAUGUUGAUAAUGAUUACGUCUCCUCAUCAAGGACUUCUAACACUAUUGUGACGAAUGUAGGUGAUAAUAAUGACAGUAUCGGUAAAAGUAAUGAUAUUGGCACCAAUCUUCAACCUCCAUUGACUGCCACAGCAGGUAUUGAAAAAAAUAAUUUUACUCAAAAUUCUGUUCCUAAUAAGACAAUGAAUACAGACACAGAUGUCACCAGUAUUAAUACGCUUAAUAAAAACAUUAGUCCUAAUCUUAAUCCUAGUGAUACUACCAUUAUAUCAACCAAAGCCACAAAAAGUCAAGUGAAAUCGACUAAAGGCAAAUCAAGACCAGUUACUAAAAUCAAUAUUAGUGGCUCUAAAUCUUCAAAAGAUAAUUAUCAAUAUGAUCAAAAGGCUACAAAUAGAUUUGGUCGUAAUACUAGGAUUGUUAUUGAGAAAGGUGAUGAGGACGAUAAUAGCAACACUAAUACUAACAGUAGAGAUUUAAAAAAUAUUUCUGAUAACCCUAGACCAAUGAUGGAGUCGUUGAACUUAACUUUAAAUGCUGAUAAUGGCAAAGUCACAAAAGAACAAACGGAAAAAAGAAAGCCACACCUACAACCCCUACCUGCUGUUGUUUCAUCAUCAAAAACAAUACCAGCAACAGUGAAAAAAACAAAUGAUACUGAAGUAGCUGCGGUUUUUGAAGAUGGUAUGCAUAAUGAUACUAGUGCUAAGAACAAUCCAGGGGGAAAUAGUUUAAAAAUAAUAAAAGAAAAUAAUGAUAACGAUAAUGGUGGUAUCGAUAUUGAUAAUAAAAGUGAAUUAGAUAAAGACAAUUCAAUAAAAAAAUAUACAUCUAGUGAAGAAAAGAAUGAAAAAUAUUAUGUUGCAAAAGAACAGAAAAAGGAAAGAAGUGAAGAAAAGAAGGAAACAUAUGAACAAAACAAAAUGAUAGAGAAAACAAAAGAGGCAACCAAAUUUCAAAAGGAUAUACCUAAUAAAGAAGAGCAUGGUAGGGAUUUGGCGGUAAAGGUAGAUAUUGGUAUUGGAGGACAACUUAUACAGAAUAUAGAGGCUAUACCAGAUGUCAGCCAAGGGGUGAUCAGUGUUGUAGAUAGCAAUAACGUUGAACAAGAGGGGAAAUCAAAAACAACUACUGGCACUUUAAAAGAUAAAACUAUAGCGAAUGUUGUACAAAUUAAUAACGAUAUAAUUGAGGAAAACGUGGGGGCUAAAAGUGAUGGGAACAAAUAUGAUGAGGGACAACUAGAAUUGCCAAAAAUCAACGCUAACAUUGAAUCCUAUGGAAAAAACGUAGCCAAUAAAGUUAAUGAACAAAAAAAAGAUACAAUUAGUACAAGUGAAAGUUACCAAAUGACAGAAGCCACGAAUAAUAAUGAGAAUAUAACCGACAAGCCGACUACUAUAGCGCAAGAAGAAAAUAUGGACGAAGCUGGACUUGUCAAUGAAGAAGAUGAAGACAAUGAAAGUAAAUUAUCACAAGUAGAUGAUGAAGUUGACGUUGAAAAGGAUGAACAUGUUAAGGUACAAGUUGGUAUAUUGGAAUCCUUAGAUGAACAUGAGGGGAAAUUAGAUACAAAGGGUACAACGCAAUCUGACGAUAUAAACCAUGUUUUUGGAAAUAAGGAGGAAGAUGGAAAAGAUAAACAUACAGAACCAGUUGGUCAUACCGAUAAUCAGAUUGAUAAAGAAAUAACUGCCAAAAUGUUUGAUACUGAAAAUGGAAAUAAAAUGGGGGCAGAAAAGGGAGAAAUAAAAGAGGAAGCUAUAGUACCUACUACAAAAGAUAAAGAUCAAUACACACGUAAUUACAGUCUCAAAGAUAAUGAUAAAAUAAAAAUGGUCCAAAAACAGCAAGAUAAGACCAAGGUUAUUAAACCGAGAAAAAAAGGCAACAAAGGCAAAAGAAAAUUAAUUGAGACUAAGGAGGAAGAAGAAGUAAAACAAAAUGAGUUCAAAAACACAAAGGAAAAUCGUGUUACUAUUGAAAAGUCUACUAUAAUUGAAGAUGCGCCAAUUGAAUCUAGGACUAGAAGUAAACUUAAGAUCAAAGAGGAUAUUGAAAGUAUAGUUUAUCAAAGAGAUGGACAACAGGAAAAUAUUUUGUCAGCAAGGAACAGACGGAAACCAAUCACAAAGAUUUUGAACGGUGAAGGGGAAAAUAAGAGGACAAGCUCUGGAAAGACGAUAGUUGUCGGCAAAGCAACGCUUACCGAUGAUGAUAAUAUCAGAAAGGAAGAAAUGAAUCAAAAACAGGAAAAUGAUAACGGAGACACCGGAAAGGGAGAAAAAGAGAUAGAAAGGAACGAGGAAGAAAAAUUUAAGAAAAGAAAUACGAUUGAUAAUUAUAAUAGUAAUAGUUUCAAAAAUGAAAAUAUACCAAAGGCAGUGACAAGGAAAUCUGCGAGAAUACGAAAAAGAAUUCGUGAAGGGAGUGAUAACAUUGAAGAAGAACGUAUUUCAAAACAAACUAGGAUUCUUAAGGAUGAAGAUAGUAACAAUAAGAAUAGUGAUAAUGAUAAUGACAACCGUGCUAAUAGUGAAGGUGGUGAUAACAAAAAUGAUAAUAACGAAGCUACUAAUAGCAAAAAAAACAAGGAAGUGACCAAUAUUGUCAAAAAGAGCAGAUCUUUGAGGAAUGGUAAAACAAAGAUAGAUAACCUUUCGCCUAAUAAUAAAUCCAUUACCAAUAGUAGUGAUAAUAUCGCUAAUAAAAAGAAUGAGAAAAGUGUUGCUAACGAUGAUUCUCCUGGAAUCAAGAAUAAUAAUGAGUUUACAGCUAUUAAAGAUAACGUUACUUUAAAUAAUACCACUGCAACAGUAGAUACAGAACCGAUAGGUAGAAGAUUGAGGAAAAGGAAAUAA